AUGUUGUCCGCGGAUGUUUUCACGUCUUUACCCGGGCAGAUGUGGGAGAAGGUGCUGUCGAAGGUAAACAAAGCGGUUGUUUUCAUGGAUGAAGCGUGUGCCGAAAGCCUGCACUGGAGCGGAGGAGCUGAGCUGCUGUUCGCCGCCGGAGCCCGCAAUGUUAAGAGCUUUUCCAGCUUCGAAGCAGGAGCAGACAACGAGCCUAAAGCGGUGUUUGUAGUCAGUACGCUGCUGAAAGGGAAAACGGCGGAUAUUCUAAAGGACAUCGUUUCUCUUAGCCGCUUCCGGUACUGUGUAGUGAUGACAGCUGUGCCGCACUAUCUGCACCUGAUCUCUGAAGGAGUCUCCGGAGAGAUGGAGGCCAAUGUGGCGUUUACACGCUUUAAAGAGAAGCUUUGCGUGUGGAUGGGUAACGCUGAAUAUACAGCCGAGGUCUUGUAUGUUCCGGUGCACUUCACCAGAGUGUCCUCUCAGCUCCUGAUCGCUCCAGCUUUUGCUGAUCUGUUCCCUCUUUUAGACUCAGAUCUCUCCAUCAUCAACAGCAAGCGACCUGAGAAACGCCGCUUCUCAAGUCUCACCGAUCUGGACAUACACUCUGUCCCUAACGAGCUGCAGAUUAAGAUCAGAGCUCUGGCUUCGGCUCUAAACGCCCUCUUCGAGUUGUCGAACACGCGAGAAGAAAGCUUCACCGUGGGCCACAUGAGCCGCCUGAUCGCGGCUGAGCUGGCAAAUCAUCCACAGGCUAAGAACCGCAGGAAAUCCUCCACACACAAAGCCUCUGUGGUCUUCGUUGACCGAACACUUGAUCUGACAGGAGCCGUGGGACAUCACGGUGACAGCCUGGUGGAGAAGAUCCUGUCUGUUUUGCCUCCGCUGCCGGGUCACGUGACCGACGUUCAAGUAGACAUGCUGGAGCUGACACAUCUUCAGCGCAUACCCGAGGCACAGGGAGUCCUGGCACCUGGCUGCCUGGGACAGACUCAGUCUGCUGCAGCGCGGUCGCUAUGGGAGACGAUGCUUGUCACUAAGCAGAAGGAGGCAGUGAUGGAGGUGAGGAGGCAGCUUGUGGAGGUGGCCAGCAAAGAGAACCUGCCAAUCAAAAUGAGUCUGGGGCGUGUGACAGGUGAGCAGCUCUCCUCGUAUGUGCAGUUGUUUCGGGACAGUUGGUCAGCGUUAGAGAAUCACUGCGGGUUGCUGCAGCUGGCACUCGGCACCGCUCAGACCCUGCGCCACCCCACCCUCGCUCAGUGGGACGCCUGCCUGGCCUUUGAGAGACUCCUCCUUCAGGCACUGGGAGAGUCGGACCUGGCAGACGUCCUGAAGCAGUUUCUUUCCCUUAUGAGGUCUGGAAGCGGCACCGAGGCCGGUUCUGCCGAUUUCAGCGUGGACGAGCUGCUGCUGCUGUUAGUGUACGUGUACUCUCUGGCUCAGGAGACGCAAGCGAGUGGAACGCAGAAGGUGGAGAAGGUGGAGAGAGAGAUCAUCGCAGCUUUGACACUUUUACUCACCCGGCAGACCACACUGAGUCCUUUACUGCUGGGAAUUACAGGAGUCUCUAGCCCUGAAGAACUGACGACAGAGCGUGCACACACAGCACUGGAGCACGUGUUCGAGACGUUGAGGAGUGUGGGCCGAGCCCGUGAGCACCUGAAGCAGCUGCGCUCAGUGUACAGCGCCGGCGACGGAACACAUCAGGCGGCGUAUCGUCCGUUCAUAAAGCAGGUCCUGGAGGAAAUCUUCAACCCAAGCCGACCCGAGUGCCCAGACAUCGAGCAUGCUUCUGGUGGACUGACCGAUCUGUUAAAAACAGGUUUCAGCAUGUUUAUGAAGGUCAAUCGGCCCCAUCCAAGUGAUCAUCCGUUGCUGUUUCUCGUCAUAGUGGGCGGAGUCACUGCUUCUGAACUCCGCCUUAUCCGUGAGGUUGUCUCCACUCAUAAAGCAGGGUCGCAGGUUUUGGUGAUCUCUACCAGGCUACUGAGGCCAGCUGAUAUUCCACACCUGUUGUUCAGCACUGACAGACUCUCACCUGAUAUAGGAGUGUGAGAAGAGAAAGAAGACCACACACACACACACACACACACACACAGAGUAAAGCACAUACAUUCUCAAAGACACACACAUACUCAAAAUUUAAGAAUUUUUGCUUUUUUUCCCCUCUCUGUACCAGAGACCAACAUACUAGUGUUUCAGACUAAAAACAAUAGAAUCUUAAUCCAAAAAAAAAAGUGUGGUGCUAAGGGCAUUUCUUAAAGUGUACGAAGGUGAUCAAAUUGUGUGUAAAUUGUUGCAUGUUGAAAUAAAUUUGAGAGUAACAGUA